UAUGUAGCCAAGAAGACGGUGACGCGCCUAGGCCAGAAGACAGUGUGGGUCAAGUGCAGCGGGGCUUCAAAAGAGCGGGCUUCCGUAAUGCUUCUCGGCGACAGCGAUGGCAAUCGCUACACGCCCUUUGUUGUGUUUAAGGUGAAACCCUCCAAGGACAAUGCAAUCCAAGAGGAGAACAAUGCUCGUCGCUAUGGAUUCGGCAUUCGCAACUGGAAAAACGUGCGCAUGAUUCGAGAAACUACAGGGCUUGAGGUUUACGGCAACGCCAAAGGCUGGUGGAAUGCAGAGCUGUCCAUCGCGUUUCUAAAGCACCAUAUUUCGCUGCACGAGUCCCCCGAGAGCCCAUCCUCCUCUUUGGCAUGGAACUUCCCGCUGAAGGUGCAGCUACGCCAGCGCUCAUGCAGGCUCAAAUCAAGGCACUGA